GUCCUCUUCUCAUCACCAGCAGCAACCUAAAUUUCGAAGCUCUCUCUUCAUUCCUCCCUCAAAAAAUCCCCGAAAAACAGAGAUAAUGGACGCUUUCGGCGGUUUCUUCGUCGACGAGAAAGCCGUUCGGGUCGAAAACAUCUUCUUAGAAUUCCUCAAGAGUUUCAAGGCCGAUCCGAACUCCGUCGAGGCCUUCUACGAAUCCGAGAUCGAGGCCAUGAAAUCGAAGGAAUCGACGACAAUGUUCAUUGAUUUCUCUCACGUCAUGCGCUUCAAUGACCUCCUCCAAAAAGCCAUCUCCGAGGAGUAUUUGAGAUUCGAGCCGUAUUUGAGGAACGCUUGCAAGCGGUUUGUAAUGGAGCAGAGACCGACAUUCAUUGCGGACGAUAACCCUAACAAGGACAUCAACGUCGCCUUCUACAACAUUCCUCUCUUGAAGAGAUUGAGGGAACUGACCACAGCUGAAAUCGGGAAAUUGGUUUCCGUAACUGGGGUUGUGACACGGACGAGUGAGGUCCGGCCAGAGCUUCUACAAGGGACCUUCAAGUGCUUGGAAUGCGGUUCCAUCAUCAGGAAUGUCGAACAGCAGUUCAAAUACACCGAGCCUAUAAUUUGUGUCAAUGCAACAUGUCAGAAGCGGAAUGGUUGGGCAUUGCUUCGGCAAGAAAGUAAGUUUGCCGAUUGGCAAAGGGUUCGGAUGCAAGAGACCUCAAGUGAGAUACCAGCUGGCUCCCUUCCACGGUCCUUGGAUGUCAUCCUCCGCCACGAGAUUGUUGAGCAGGCUAGAGCAGGAGAUACGGUCAUCUUCACAGGAACAGUUGUCGUCAUACCAGACAUAAUGGCAUUGGCUUCACCUGGUGAGAGGGCCGAAUGCCGACGAGAAGCAUCUCAGAGACAGAAUGCUUCUGGUGGGCAGGAAGGUGUUAAGGGUCUUCGGGCAUUGGGUGUGAGAGACCUAUCAUAUCGUCUUGCAUUCAUUGCAAAUUCAGUGCAGGUGUCCAAUGGUAGAAGGGACAGCGAUGUUAGGAGCAGGAAGAAGGAUGCUGAUGAAGAUGACAGCCAGCAGUUCACGGCAGAAGAGGUGGAUGAAGUACAGAGGAUGAAGCAUACCACUGAUCUUUUCAAUAAGCUUGUUGACAGCAUUGCCCCCACUGUUUUUGGUCACAAAGAUAUCAAGCGAGCAAUCCUGCUUAUGCUAUUGGGUGGAGUACAUAAGUUCACUCAUGAAGGCAUCAAUCUAAGAGGGGACAUAAAUGUCUGCAUUGUCGGUGAUCCUAGCUGUGCAAAGUCUCAGUUCCUCAAGUAUACUGCAAGCCUAGUUCCACGGUCUGUUUAUACAUCUGGAAAAUCCUCCUCUGCAGCAGGGUUGACAGCAACUGUGGCCAAGGAGCCAGAAACUGGGGAGUUCUGUAUUGAGGCGGGUGCACUAAUGCUGGCUGAUAAUGGCGUAUGUUGCAUUGAUGAAUUUGAUAAAAUGGACAUCAGAGACCAGGUUGCCAUUCACGAGGCCAUGGAACAGCAGACCAUAAGCAUCACAAAAGCAGGCAUACAGGCUACACUAAAUGCUAGAACAUCCAUUUUAGCAGCUGCUAACCCCACUGGUGGGCGAUACGACAAAUCGAAACCACUCAAGUACAACGUGGCCCUCCCUCCUGCCAUUCUUUCAAGAUUUGAUCUGGUGUAUGUUAUGAUUGAUGAGCCAGAUGAUAAAAUAGAUUACGACAUUGCACACCACAUCGUGAGAGUUCAUCAGAAGCGUGAAGAGGCGCUUGCUCCAGCAUUCACCACUGCACAACUGAAGCGUUACAUUGCAUAUGCUAAGACUCUGAAACCCAAGCUAAGCUCGGAAGCUAGAAAAGUGCUGGUAGAUAAAUAUGUAGCUCUUCGCAGAGGUGAUACAGCUCCUGGAAGUAGAGUUGCUUAUCGAAUGACAGUUAGACAACUGGAGGCAUUGAUCAGGUUGUCUGAAGCCAUUGCCCGAAGUUGCUUGGAGCCCCUGGUGCAGGAAAAACAUGUACUAGUGGCAGUGAGACUGCUACAAACAUCCAUAAUCAGUGUUGAAUCAAGCGAGAUUGAUCUGUCUGAUUUUCAAGAAGAAGAUGGUGGUGAAGGAAAUAGAGGCGCUGAUCAACACGAUGCUCCUCCACCAAGUACAGCCGAUCCAGGGCCAGCUUCAGAGAAUGGAGGAAAUGGUGAAGGGCCUGGGAGUCAACAGAAGAAGAAACUAGUAAUAACCGAAGAGCAUUUUCAGAGAGUUACUCAAGCUCUGGUGAUGCGGCUUCGUCAGCAUGAGGAAUCUGUAAUGCAAGAUGGAAGUGGGUUGGCUGGUAUGAAGCAGAAGGAUUUGAUUGUUUGGUACGUGGAACAGCAGAACACCCAAGGAGCCUACAGUUCCUCAGAGGAGGUGGUGGAAGAGGUCAAAUGCAUCAGGGCCAUCAUAGAGAGAUUGAUACAAAAGGAAGGACAUUUGAUUGUUAUAGACGAUGGAAGGAGUUCAGCACCAGCACCAGCAGCUGAGGGUGAAGAAGCAAGGGAGCCGUCUUCGUCUAGUGAGAGAAGGAUUUUAGCUGUGGCCCCGAAUUAUGUUAUUGAUUGAAGUAAACAUGAUUAAUCUUGUCCGCUUAUUUAACAACAAGAAAUCAUGCUGCAAUUUUAAGCCCUACUGCUCAUGAUCUCUACUAGCUGCUUGCUGAAACCUUGGUCCAUUUUUUAAGAAAAUCCAAAGAAGCAAAUCCUAUUGUCGCAGUUGUCAGGAGGUCGUCUUUCUUGUAAUGGAUGUCUUGGUUUGUCUCAAAGCAGAUUUGAGUUUUUGAGUAUGGAAUGUUUUGGAUCAUUAGAAUGUGUCCUUCCCGUUGAAUUGAGGUGGUUCCGUUGAUGG